UCCAAAUUACUAUCUUAUCAUCUCAACCUGUCCAACUACCAGCAAAAGCUUAGCUAUUACUGCCGCCGGAAAUGGCCCUUUCGACGGCGAAAUUAACAGAACUUCCACUUCCGCCGCGCUUCUUCUACACACUCCCUUUCUCUUGCCGGAAACCAAACCCAUUUUCUCAUUUAGUCUUUAAACCCUUUUCUUCUUCCCUCCGCUCCACUCCGUCUACAAAAGUUACAAAAACCCCUUCCCAAAAACCCCGUAACUCCCAUUCUUCUUCUUGGCUUAAUAAAUGGCCAUCCCCUCCUACUCCAGCCCCGCCUUCCGCUCCUCUUAAACAGGGUUCCAAGAAACCUGACCCGAAUUCGGAUUCAACCAAUGUUGGAACUACCGCCAUUGAGCGAAUUGUACUUCGGUUGCGUAAUCUUGGGUUAGGGUCGGAUGAUGAAGAAGAUGAUGAGGACGGUGAUGUAAAUUCAAGUUUGAAUUUGGAUUUUGAUAAUCCUGAGAGGUUGUUAGAUGGGGGAGAAAAGCUGGGGGAUUUGUUGAAGAGAGAUUGGGUGAGGCCUGAUACAAUUUUGCUCGAAAAUGAAGAUGAUGAGGAUGAUGCAUUGUUGCCAUGGGAGAGGGGUGUGAAUGAGGAGGAAGUGGAGGAGGAGAAAGGAGGAUUUAAGAGAAGGGGGGUGAGGACCCCGUCAUUAGCGGAAUUGACAAUAGAGGACGAGGAGUUGAGGAGGCUGAGGAGGAUGGGGAUAACUUUAAGGGAGAGGAUAAAUGUGCCUAAAGCUGGAAUCACUGGUGAAGUUCUUGAGAAGAUUCAUGAUAAGUGGAGGAAGUGUGAGCUGGUGAGGUUGAAGUUCCACGAGGUGCUAGCCCAUGAUAUGAAGACUGCCCACGAGAUAGUUGAGCGCCGAACAAGAGGAUUAGUUAUAUGGAGGUCUGGAAGUGUUAUGGUGGUUUUUAGAGGAAUUAACUACGAAGGUCCUAUUUCAAAACCUCAAAGGAUAAAUGGUGAAGGUGAUGCUGUUUUUGUCCCUAAUGUUUCCUCCCCUGACAAUUCGGUUGUAAGGAGUAGCAAUGAUAUUAGUUCAGUUUCUGAGAAGAGCUACCCAAAUCUCUCUGGCCAUGCUGAAAGUAUGACUGAAGAAGAGGCUGAAUAUAAUAACUUACUAGAUGGUUUAGGGCCACGUUUUGAAGAUUGGUGGGGUACGGGAGUACUUCCUGUUGAUGCUGAUUUACUUCCUCAGACUAUUCCAGGAUAUAAAACACCUUUUAGGCUUCUGCCCACUGGGAUGCGUUCACGACUAACCAAUGCAGAGAUGACUAACUUAAGGAAGAUCGCUAAAUCACUUCCUUGUCAUUUUGCUCUUGGAAGAAAUAGGCACCAUCAAGGUUUAGCAAAAGCCAUAAUUAAGCUUUGGGAGAAAAGUUUAGUUGUAAAAAUUGCUGUAAAGCGUGGAAUCCAGAAUACAAACAACAAAAUAAUGGCUGAAGAAAUAAAGACAUUAACAGGGGGAGUCUUGCUGCUGAGAAACAAAUACUACAUAGUUAUAUACCGAGGAAAGGAUUAUCUUUCACCUACUGUGGCUGCUGCUUUAGCAGAAAGACAGGAAAGGACUAAGCAGAUACAAGACGUCGAAGAGAAAGUUAGAAGCGGACCAGCAGAGGCAAUAUCUGUUGUUGAAGAUGAAGGUGCCCUUGUGGGUACUUUGGCAGAGUUUUAUGAGGCUCAGGCCCGGUGGGGAAGAGACAUAUCUACUGAGGAACAUGAGAAGAUGAAAGAAGAAGCAUCCAGAGCUAACACUAUGAAAGUGAUCAAACGACUUGAGCAUAAAAUAGCCAUUUCUCAGGCUAAGAAGCUCAAGGCAGAGAGCCUGCUAUCUAAAAUAAUAGCAUCUUGGGUUCCUGCUGGUCCUUCAGAUGACCAGGAAACAAUCACAGAUGAGGAAAGAGUUAUGUUCCGCCGGGUUGGAUUAAGAAUGAAAGCAUAUUUACCACUUGGCAUUCGUGGCGUUUUUGAUGGUGUUAUUGAGAACGUGCAUCUACACUGGAAACAUAGAGAGCUUGUGAAGUUGAUAUCAAAGGAGAAAGAACUUGCUUUUGUUGAAGAAACUGCAAGACUGUUGGAAUAUGAGAGCGGUGGAAUUUUAGUGGCAAUAGAAAGAGUCCCAAAAGGUUAUGCUUUAGUUUACUAUCGUGGCAAGAAUUAUCGCCGACCUAUUACUUUGAGACCAAGAAACCUUUUAACGAAGGCAAAAGCACUGAAACGUAGAGUUGCCUUGCAGCGAUACGAGGCUCUCAGUCAGCACAUAUCUGAACUGGAGAAAACCAUAGAGCAAACAAAGCAACAAAUAAAAUUGUAGUUUCUUGGUGCUAUAGAUGAAUAGAUCUUCCUCUUAUCUGCACCGUCUAUGUUGAAGACAUCCUUCAAGAAAUAUAAAUAAAAAUACC